GGCCUUUAGUGGUGGCGCAUAGAAGCUUCCGCAUUGUUCACCCACAUGGGACAGCAGCCUAACCCUAAAUACGAUCCUGACUGUACUUUCUUAUCGCUGACGAUUACGCAUGUGUUUGUUUUGGAAAACUUGAGUUCACGAAAGAAUUCCGGUCUACCAAUCUCCUCAAGAAGAGUGUUGAAGUCUGUGUAUAUACGAUAGUGGCAGUGACAAGUAAUUUCAUUUAUUGUAAAAUUUGAUAUAAAUUCAGACUAAUUUUUAUGUACGUCCUGAAAAAAUCAACGUUUUCAAAAUGUGUGCGAAAAUGGCUUUUCAACACCAAGCUGGUACUGCCAUGCAAUGUUUAAGUAUUCCAAUUACAUUACAUAAGGAAACUGAAAUAAUAGCCAAUGGAGAGGAAGUAAUGAAAUGUGGAUUCAAAAUCGGAGGAGGGAUUGAUCAAGAUUACAGGAAGAGUCCACAAGGAUAUACAGACAAUGGAAUAUAUGUUACAGAAGUUCAUGAAGGUUCUCCAGCUUCAAAAAGUGGAUUAAGAAUGCACGAUAAAAUUUUGCAAUGCAAUGGAUACGAUUUCACUAUGGUCACUCAUAAAAAAGCUGUAGGACAAAUAAGAAAGCAUCCUGUUCUAAAUUUAUUAGUAGCUCGGAAAGGAGUCACUAGCACUUAAAAUGUAUUAGAAUAUAAUUUAUCUGUUUAUUAUGUAAGUUAUUUAUAUUUAAGUGAUGUUAUAAUACUUUGAAGGUAAUAUACGAUUUUAAAAGUAUAUUGUAACUUGUGCUAGAAACAUGUGAAUUAUAUGUUAAAUAUUAAAUUUUUUACUUUUAGCGCAAUACAAUUUUUUAAAUAAUGUAAAUGUAAUUCAAGUUUUUUGUACAAUUAAAAAUUAAACAUAUUACGUAUA